CGCUGAAUAUUUUUUUUUUAUAUAUAAAAAAUAAUAAGUUAUUUCAGUAAGAAUUUUGGCGAGCAGGAACAGCAACACGUGUCUCUUUCAACAGGAGUGUUCCAUUGACAGUUCCACUGCUAUGCUAAUAUUGUUCCUUCUCUUUCCAUCUACCCUUCUGAGCAAUUCAACAUAGUGACGGUGGUGACGUCAAAAUUCGAAGCCAAUAGAAAGAAGAUGGGAAGAAUCUUCACGGUGGAGCUCGAGGGCAGGUCUUAUAGAUGCAAGUUCUGCAGAACUCACUUGGCCCUUGCAGAUGAUCUCAUCUCCAGGGCGUUUCAUUGCCGCAGGGGAAAAGCAUACCUAUUCAAUAAUGCUGUGAACUUCACAAUUGGAGCAUCAGAAGAAAGGAUGAUGCUUUCAGGAUUACAUACUGUGGCAGAUAUUUUUUGCUGUUGCUGUGGUCAAAUAAUUGGUUGGAAAUAUGAAUCUGCACACGAGAAGAGUCAAAAGUAUAAAGAAGGGAAGUUUGUUCUUGAAAGAGGAAGGAUUGUUGAUGAAGUUGAUUUCUCAGCUGAAUUCUAUAUCGAUAGUCGUGCCUGCAUGAGUGAUACUGAAGAUGCUUAAAACAUGCUAGCCUUGUUGGAUAAGGAGAAAGAAUGUACUACUUGUGUGUAUGGACAAUAAUAAUGGUGACCUGAGAAAGUGUUCAAAAUUAAUAUAGAUUAUUUUGGUUUUAGUUUUUAUUUUACUUUAUUUUUAGUAGUACAUGAAAAUUGAAAAUGAGAGUUGUCAAAUGUCAAUGGUGUGUAAAAGUAAAACAUUGGAAAAGAAAGAGAUGAAAUGGUAAUUUCAGAUUUUCUGCAAAA